AUGGCUUUCAGCAACCCAACUGUACUAGAAUCCUUCUUCCAUCUCAUAUUCUUCCUUCUGUUCUUCUUUUUGCUCAUCUCUUCUUCCUACUCCUAUGCCUUGAGUUCCAUCAGCACUGGCACCAAUAUUGUCUCAGUAGACCAAGCUGAUGCUCUCCUUAAAUGGAAAGCUAGUCUCAACAACCAAAGCCAAUCUGAUCUCCAUUCAUGGAGUCUACUUGAUCCUAAUGUCACCAAUUCCUCUCUGCGAUCUGACCCGUGGUGCCGUUGGACUGGAAUUGCUUGCAAUCAAAGGGGAAGCAUCACUGAAAUUAACUUACGAAGUAAGGGCUUGCGAGGUAUGGUUGAGAACUUCCCUUUUCCCUCACUUCCUGCUCUUACACUUCUGGAUCUCUUUAAUAAUACACUUCAUGGCACUGUUCCAUCCAACAUUGCUAACCUCUCGGUUAUCAACUGCCUUGAUCUCUCUGUGAAUUAUCUCUCAGGAUUAAUUCCAUCUGAAAUCUGCUUACUUACCAGUCUUCAAAUCUUGUAUCUUGAUCAUAAUAGUUUCAGUGGAUCAAUUCCUUACGGAAUGGGAAGAUUGAAAAAUCUUACUGUUCUGACCAUGCACUCCAACAAACUCAAUGGUUCCAUACCUGCAUCUCUAGGUAAUUUGAGCAAUCUACAACAGCUGUCUUUGUACAAAAACAAUCUCAUUGGUUCAAUCCCUGCAUCUAUAGGUAAGUUGAAAGAUCUGCACUUUCUAUACCUAUACCACAAUCAAUUUUCAGGUACCAUUCCUCAGGAAAUAGGAAAUUUGACACAGCUUAACUUAUUUAGCCUGAAAAAUAAUAGUCUAAUCGGUUCCAUCCCCCAAGAAAUAGGAAAUUUGAUCUCACUUAGUAAUCUAUACUUAGAUAUGAAUAAUCUCAAUGGUUCAAUCCCUGCCUCUUUAGGUAAUUUGAGAAACCUAUCCAUUUUAAACCUCUCUCAGAAUCAACUCUCUGGUAGGAUUCCUCUAGAAAUAGGUAAUUUGACAAGUCUGACUGAGCUAGAUAUGCCCACCAAUCGUUUAACUGGAUUCCUCCCUUCGACUUUGGGAAACCUACAGAAGCUCACCGUAUUGAACCUGCUGGAAAAUCAGCUUUCCGGAUCGAUCCCUGGAGAAAUAGGAAAUCUUACAGAAUUGGUUUACUUAUCAUUUGGAGGUAACCAUUUCUCAGGUAGUCUGCCACAAGAAAUAGGAAAUCUUACAAAAUUGGCUAAUCUACAAUUGGAAGAAAACCAUUUCUCAGGCAGUCUGCCACAAGGGCUAUGUAUGAGUGGAUCACUUGUAAACAUCACUGCAUAUAACAACCAUUUCAGAGGUCUUCUUCCAAAGGGCUUCAAGAACUGCACAGGCUUGUUUAGAGUUCGACUUGAAAAUAACCAACUUGUUGCAAACUUAUCAGAAGACUUCGGGGUUUAUGAGAAGCUGAAUUACAUUGAUUUGAGCAAUAAUCAAUUGCAUGGUGAACUUUCAUCAACCUGGGGCCAAUGCCAAAAUUUGCAAACUCUACAGAUGGCUGAGAAUAAUAUUACUGGUAAGAUACCUCCAGAGCUUGGGAUGUUAACUCAAUUGGGUAAACUAUACCUCUCUUCAAAUUACCUGGUGGGAGAAAUUCCUAAGGAAUUUGGUGAAUUGAGAAGUUUGCUAAAUCUCUGUCUGGGUGGCAACCAACUUUCUGGUAGUUUACCAUUAGAAGUUGGAAGGCUAUACAGCCUAGCAUAUCUUGACUUGUCAUCAAACAGUUUCAGCGGACAAAUACCAGCAGAGAUAGGGAACUGUUCCAACUUAUUAUAUCUGGAUUUAAGCAAUAACCAUUUGAAUGGAAGCAUUCCAUUUCAAAUUGGGAAUCUACUUUACCUUCAACUUCUAUUGGAUCUUAGCCAAAACAGGCUUAGUGGAGAGAUUCUGUCGCAGUUUGGAAAUUUAGCCUACUUGGUAAAUUUAAAUAUCUCCCACAAUCAACUUUCAGGUGCCAUUUUUUCUGCAUUUGAUGGAAUGUCUAGCUUGACAUCCAUUGAUAUAUCUUACAAUGAGUUUGUGGGUCCACUUCCAAACAACAAAGCCUUCCAAAAUGCUACAAUAGAAGCUUUAAGAAAUAACACAGCACUGUGUGGCAAUGCAAGUGGUCUGCAACCUUGCAAAUCAUCCUUGUCAAAAGGAGAAAAUGGAAAACCAGACCACAAAAUCCUGAUUAUUGUUAUGGUUUCAUUGUUAAGUGUACUAUUUCUUCUGUUUGCUUCUGUUAUCGCUUAUGUUGUCCACCGAAAGAUAAGAAUAGUUGAGACAAAGCGAGGAACAGCAACACAUGUUAAAGAUUUAUUUUCAGUAUGGAAUUACAACGGAAGAAUAGUAUAUGAAGAAAUUAUUGAAGCAACUGAGGAUUUUGAUGCUAAAUAUUGCACUGGGACGGGAGGAUAUGGAAGUGUAUACAUGGCAAGGCUGUCAACAGAUCAAGUAGUAGCUGUCAAAAAGCCUCACCAACCAUUACAAGAUGAGUGUGAGAAUGCCAACAUGCAAACAUUCAGAAAUGAGGUUUGUGCGUUGACAAAAUUGCGGCACAGAAACAUCGUGAAGCUCUAUGGUUUUUGUUCAUCUGCACAACACUCUUUUUUAGUUUAUGAGUAUUUUGAGAGAGGAAGUUUGGCUAAGAUCCUCAACAAUAGUGAGCUUGCUUCGGAAAUGAAUUGGACAAGAAGGAUUAAUGUCAUUAAAGGUGUGGCGAAUGCUUUGUCUUACAUGCACCAUGAUUGCUCACCACCGAUCAUUCACCGCGACAUAUCGAGUAACAAUGUUUUGCUGGAUGAAGAAUAUGAGGCAUGUGUGUCUGACUUCGGCACUGCUAGACUUCUAAAGCCCGAUUCAUCGGAUUGGACUUCUCUAGCGGGGACUUGUGGAUAUGUUGCUCCAGGUAAUAAAUUCAUUAUCUAAAGAUAUUUAUAGAUAGUACUUGUAUGAAAUAUAUAUUUUUUAAUAUCUUAUAACUAAUUCUUCAUUCUUUCUACUUGUAAUUAAUAUUUUACUAGGUGAGACUUUACUGAGCAAAUUUUCAUCGAUCAAGCCAUUUUUAUUACAAGUUUGGAAGUUUUUUUGUCAGUAUCAUCAUAUAUUUCAAAAUUGAGUUACUACUCCCAUUAAAUAAAUUUUGAAAAUUUUGAUAUAUUCCUU